UCUACGUUGUUCGCAUGAGUUCCAGCAAAACAUUGACAUCUUACCAUGGCAUUGUAGGUCGGUAACUUGAUCCAGGUCUUUUAGCUACACUUCCACGCGUUUACGGGAUAUAUAAUUUACAAACGAGAACUCCGAAUUCCGUUUGGAUUUCAAAAUACGAUUAAUAGGAGCAAGGCCUCGAGAUCAAGACUUUCUCAGUCUUAGCUACUGUAGUAAGCUAACUAGUUACCUAGCUAACCUAGCCAACUGCGACAAUGGACGGGAGUGUGAGAAAGACGUUGAUGUCGGGACCACUUGUUAUAUCAAAUACAGUCACAACAGUUGCUGUUCGACAGCAAGCCGAGGACGAACAAGAGACUAAGUCAAACCGAAAAGUUCUUGAUGAAGAAGGCUACAUUGAGAGCCUUGAAAAGAUCAUUCAGAGAGACUUUUUCCCCGACGUGACAAAACUGCAAGCUCAAAAGGACUACCUUGAAGCGGAGGAAUGUGGGGAUCUCGAGAAGAUGAGAGAAAUAUCCAUCCGAUAUGGUUCAUCUAUGGCCAAAUCUACACCCCGUUCCACUGCGCCUUACGUUACUCCCUCAAGCUUUGAGACACCAGAAAUACGACCAGCAACUCCAUCGGCAAAACACAGGACUGGAACGAAAGGAGGAGAUGGGGUGAACAAGGAGGAAGGCGAGGAAAAGGAGCUACCGUGCCUAGAUCGUUUCCUGGCCAAGAACACCAGCGAGGAUAACGCAUCGUUCGAGCAGAUCAUGGAGCUUGCGGAUGACAAGGAGAAAGCGAGACAUUCGUGGUUGUAUGAGGCUGAAGCUGAAUACAAACAGAGACGUGAAGAGAACCUGGCGCUGCCCUCGUCGGAAAAGCAGGCCUUGGAGUGUGUGAAAGCUGGACUGGAAACCUGGGAAUACAAAGCCAAGAAUGCUCUCAUGUACUACCCAGAGGGUGUUAAAGAUGACAACCUCUUUAAGAAGCCGAGGGAAGUAAUGCACAAGAACACGCGCUUCAUUGGAGACCCCUUCAGCAAAGCUCUCAACAAGUGUCAGAUUCAGCAGGCAGCCGCUCUCAAUGCACAGUUCAAACAGGGUAAAGUUGGUCCGGAUGGCAAAGAACUCAUCCCCCAUGAGGGUCCUACGGUGAACGGGUAUGGCUAUGAAGGCUCUCCCUCCCCAGGACCAGGUGUAGCAGACUCCCCUCUGAUGACCUGGGGUGAGAUCGAGAGCACCCCGUUCCGCCUGGACGGGUCCGACACUCCGUUUACAGAGAGAAACCACGGGCCAUGCUUCAAGAUUCCUGAACCAGGAAGGAGAGAGAGAUUGGGUUUGAAAAUGGCGAACGAGGCAGCGGCCAAAAACAGAGCGAAGAAGCAGGAAGCGUUACGAAAGGUCACAGAGAACCUGGCAAGUCUCACCCCUAAAGGUCUGAGCCCAGCUCUGACCCCUGCCCUGCAGCGGCUUGUAAACCGGACCUCAAGCAAAUACACAGAUAAAGCUCUCCGGGCAAGCUACACCCCAUCGCCCUCCCACAGCAGCACAGGCUGCAAGACCCCCCUGGGUGACCCCUCCACCCCCUCUGGAACUCCGACACCGGGCAAGGCAAGGACCCCUGCCUCUCAGGACCCCGCCUCCAUCACAGACGACCUGCUGCAGCUCCCAAAGAGAAGGAAAGCCUCAGACUUCUUCUAGGGUUAAACUGUUGCUAAAAGGACUUAUUUGAAGCAAUGACCCAAUAUCCCAUAUUAGGAAUAUGUCAAAAGGCCAUUGUUCAAUUAUUCGAAUUCUAUUUUAAAUCAUGUGUAAGUUCUCAGUGUAAAGAUUUGAAAUAUCCCUUAACUAUAUACUGAUUUGGUAAGAACCUGCAACUAUGAUGAGGAUUUCGCACAAUAUUUAGUUUUGUAAAUACAGCCCUUAAACAAAUUGGUUUUGUCAUUGUUCUAUGCAUUUUCCAUUAAAAUGGUC